GGUCAACUCGAGAAUUCAAUUUCGUGUUACACAACAGGUUUGGAAGUCCAAAAACAAAUUCUUGGAGAACGGGAUCCAAGAGUCUGUGAGACGUGUAGGUAUUUGGUUGAAGCUCACAUUCAAGCAAUGCAGUUUGACGAAGCUCAGAAGCUUUGUCAAAUGGCUCUUGAUAUCCACAGAGAGAAUGGUUCUCCAUCUUCCCUUGAAGAAGCGGCCGAUAGGAGACUCAUGGGGAUGAUUUGUGAGUCGAAGGGAGAUCACGAAACUGCUCUUGAGCAUCUUGUAUUAGCCAGCAUGGCCAUGGUGGCUAACGGGCAGGAAUCCGAGGUGGCAUCUGUCGAUUGCAGCAUUGGGGAUACUUACUUAUCCUUAAACAGGUAUGAUGAGGCAAUUUUAGCUUAUCAGAAAGCACUUACAUCUCUCAAGUCGAGUAAAGGAGAAAACCAUCCAGCUGUUGCGUCAGUUUUUGUCCGUCUGGCUGACUUGUAUAACAAGACGGGAAAAUUAAGGGACUCGAGAUCGUACUGUGAGAAUGCCCUUCGUAUUUACGAAAAGCCCAUACCUGGGAUUGCUCCCGAAGAAAUUGCUAGUGGUCUAACCGACAUCUCUGCUAUUUACGAUUCAUUGAACGAGCUCGAGCACGCACUUAAGUUGCUGAAGAAGGCACUAAAGAUAUACAGCGAUGUGCCUGGUCAGCAAAACACAGUUGCUGGAAUCGAAGCGCAAAUGGGAGUUAUGCAUUAUAUGUUGGGAAACUACUCAGAGUCUUACUCCUCGUUUAAAAGUGCGACUACAAAGCUCCGAGCAAGCGGGGAGAAGAAAUCUGCUUUCUUUGGGAUUGCUCUUAACCAAAUGGGGCUAGCUUGUGUGCAGCGUUAUGCGAUUAAUGAAGCUGUCGAAUUGUUUGAAGAAGCACGGUUCAUACUGGAGCAAGAAUACGGACCAUAUCACCCUGAUACACUUGGAGUUUAUAGUAAUCUUGCUGGCACCUAUGAUGCAAUUGGGAGGUACUUAACAUUUCUUAAUAUUCUUAGUUACAAAUUUGCAAAAUUUCAUGUUUACAGCUGUGAUUCUUUAGCUAAUAUUAUAUUUCCUUAAAUUAAUUAAAUCGACGAUGAACUGAACUUGCAUGCAGAACUAUAGGUUCUAUAUUUAACAAUUGAAUGGAUCACAUUAUGCAUCACAUAAGUUUUACAUUGUGCCAAAAGGAUGAAAGGAUUUAAGGUCUGUUUGGCACGGAAUUUGAAAAGCCAAAACUUGCGUUUGGACCGAUCCAUUUGGAUAAUUUUCUGGAAGUACUUU